CGGCGGAGGUGGACGCGGGCCUGCGGGCUGCGUGCCCGACGGGGGAGCGCGGGGCGGGCGGUGGGCUCAAGUGGACGCGUUGCGGGCUCCUCACCGCGCGGGCCCGGGCAGCGCCCAGACCGGCGGCGGACGCCCGGGCGGCUGAGCGGGCGCCUCGGCCUGGAGCAGCACGCGCGUUCCCGCGGCGGAGGACGCGCUCGUGAGCUCGCUGCUGCCCGGCUCUCCCACCCGGAGGGCCCUCGCCGCGCCGUUUGGAAGAUGGGCCCCGCGGGACGCCUGGUGACCAUCAAGAGGAGCGGCGGGGACGGCGCCCACUUCCCGCUGAGCCUGAGCACCUGCCUGUUCGGGAGGGGCGUUGAGUGUGACAUCCGCAUCCAGCUUCCUGUUGUGUCCAGGCAGCACUGCAAAAUUGAAGUCCAAGGGCAGAAGGCAGUCUUGUUCAAUUUCAGUGCCGCAAAUCCAACGCAGGUGAAUGGAUCUGCCAUCGACGGACCCGUGCAGCUGAAACACGGCGACGUGAUCACUGUCAUUGACCGCUCUUUCAGGUAUGAAGACGGCCGUCAUCAGAGUGGAAGCACAUCCGCCGAGUUUCCAGGACAAAGGCGUGGACAGGCCUCUCCACGUCGGGUCUCCAGGUCUAGCUUCUCUUCCAACCCUGAUGGUGAAGUUGAAGGUCACGGUGCUGCCUGCCCCCAAUUCACUGAAGAAGGUGUUUCAGAAGAGCCUCUGGUCCUCACGGAGGGUGUCCGGGUGGCCCGUGCCAUCUCGCGCAGCUCUGGAGGUCCUGCUCCCAGGACCCCCGCUGAUGGGCACUGCUCAGAACCCCUCGGAGAUGACCGCAGAAACACGGCGGGUCCCCCGGCCGGGAGCCCUGGGGAGGGUUCCCGUGGGACCCUAGUGAGCAGGAAUGGAGAACCGGAGGCUGUUCCCUCUCCGUGGUGUCUCGAGAGGGGUGGGGAGAAGGAGUCUCCCUUUAGGAAGCUUUAUGAGUCCAUGAAGGAAAAGUUAGAUGAGAAGUCAGAAAAAGAGAAUGUUCUACAGCAUCGUAGAAAAUCGGGGUCCCGGGGUCACUGUGCCGCCGACUCUGAAAGCGUUGGUGGUUCAUGGGGCGGGACGGCACUACAGGGCUCCCCCAAGUCUUGGCGGAGGUCCUGGCGGGGCUCCCAAACAAAGGCCGUCCCCGCUCCAGAACAGCGAGAGGAAGAGAGAGCAGGCGAGGGGCCUGGCCCCACUGCUGAGGCCACCGCGAGUCCCAGCGUCUCCCCCACGGAGACGAUAAGAGGCAACACCCCCGUCCCGUGCUCACACCGAAAUUCCUCACGGAAGCGCCGGAGCGGAGGCGGGAGCUGUGUCCACGCGGGUGAGCCCGUGAACCCAGAGCAGACUGCGGCUUGCACUCCGAAGAAGCUCUUCUCUGAACACGGAACGCCCACCAGAGGCGAAAGUGCUGACGACUUCGGAGACACACCAGAGAAAGUCUUUUCCAGAAAGAGGCGGAACAGCCUCCCUCCAAAGGUCGACAUUCGUGCUACGGAAACAGAAAUUCCGAAGCCAGCAGUGCUCACCCCUCUGCGGGUCCACGUGGAGAGGAAGGUUCCAGGCGGUUCUCUCGGGCCGCCCUGGCCACUGGGCGCCGCAGCUGGCUGCCCUGGCCUCAGUUCCACUGAUGUCAGCGACUGGGAGGAGUCCCCUCAUGAGAUGGAGGGGGUGCCCUUGAAGACAAGGCGGGUCUCCUUUGGGGGCCGCCUGAGACCCGAAUUAUUUGAUGAAAACUUACCUCCUAAUACGCCUCUGAAGAGAGGAGAAACGCCCAUGAGGAGGAGGUCUCUUGUGACCCACGCUCCGGCCGUCCUCAAGAAAAUCAUCAAGGGACAGCCUCAGGAGUCAGGAAAAGAAGGUUCUUCAGAAGUACGUCUGGAAGUGACCACACAAAACGUGUGCGUGAGCUCCCCAGCUUUCCAUCCUACAAAAUCAUCUUCAGUGGCAAAUGACAGUCGCCGCAGGUCAUCCAAGCCACCAGCCUCGAGUGGCAGCCAGUCGCCACCUCAGACAGAGGUUCCUAAGAGGGGCGGGAGGAGGAGCAGCAGUGGCGCGCCUUCCCAGAGGGCCCCCUCGGAUCGGGGCCAGCACGGCCUCCUGCAGAUGAUUCGGGCCCGCAGGAGGAGCGGCGCCUCGGAAGCCAAUCUGAUUGUGGCAAAGUCGUGGGCAGACAUAGUCAAGCUCAGUGCCAAACAGACACAAGCUAAGGCCGUGAAACACGGUCCUCCCAGACAGCCGAGCAGGAGGCGGAGGAGGGCCAACACCCCAAAGAAGCCUACAGGCUGUGCGUACAACGAGUUCAGCACAGGCCAUGCCAACUCUCCCUGCACCAUUGUAAUAGGGAAAGCGCACCUGGAGAGGGUGACCGCGCCCGCUCGGCCCUACAGAAUGCUGAACAGCUCCAUGUUGAACAGGAAAAUCGACUUCAGCGAAGACCUUUCAGGACUCACAGAAAUGUUCAAGACCCCAGCGAAAGAGAAGCCCAAGAAGAUGAGCUUACGUCUCACCGCUUUUUCAAACUCAGAGGGUUUGUUUAGAAAACAGUUUCAAGUACCUGAGUCUGAAGAAAAACCUCUGCUCUGCACCCCUGCGAAGUUUGGAGAGAAUGUGUUCCCCAGUGCUCAGAGUGCACCGGAAGAGCCAUCAGAUAAAAAGUCUGCAAGCCCAGCCCUGAGAAAAGAGUAUAUGACAGGAAAUAAAAACAUGUUGACUCCACCAUCUGAGACAGAGCCUUCAAGGACAGCAUCCAGGGUGAAGAAGUCCAGGAGGUCUGUGGGGCUCAGAAAUACCCAGGGGUCAGGUACAGGGUGUGAAAAAGAAGACCCAGAGUUUGACACUGUUGAGAGCAUCUUGGGAAGAUGUCUGAGAAAAUCGCCAGCACAGGAGCAACUACUGGAGGGAGAGAUGAAGGAGAGCGAAAGAGCCUUUGCGACAUGUAAGAGAAACUUUGAAUCAAAAGAAAAUUCUGAAAAGAGGAUACUGAGGAGAUCAAGAAGAUCUUCAGACCUGAAAUGUGCACAAAGAACAGAUGUAAUCGCCACAAAGACAUUGCAAGAGUCAGAAUCCAAGGAAGGCCUGGUGGGCAUCCCCUGUUUUCUCCAAACCCCAGGUUAUGCCGAGGCACCAGUGGGUAUGGAGAACAAAGCCACAAUGAGGUGCUGCAGAUCUCCAAAACCAGAACCAGUCAGCACACUGAGCGAGAUGAAUGUAGAGAUCAAGACACCUUCCCAGAGUGUGAGUGCAGAAGCUCUCUCCGUACGCAGGAAGCCCACACAAACCCCAGGGGAUACCAAGCACACACACAAAGAACCAGUAGGUGGUGACGAAAGCAUGAAGGCAUCAAAGACAUUUCCGGAACAGCAACAGGACUCAGCAGAUCAUGUAAUUGGAAGUAGGAGUAGGCCAAGAACACCCAAGAAAAAGGCCCAACCCAUAGAAGACCUGGCUGGCUUUAAAGAGCUCUUCCAAACUCCUAAACACACUGUGGAAACAGUGACUGAUGACAAAACCAUGAAGAUACCUAGUAAAUCUCCAAAAGCAGAGCCAGUCAGCAGACCAUCCAGCACAAAGAGACAUCUCCGGACACCUCUGGGGAAAGUGGAUGUGGAGGAAGAGCUCUCGGCCCUUGAGGAGUCUACACCAACACCAGGGGAAACCACACACUCUCCUGGAGAACCAGUAGGUGAUGAUGAAGAUAUCAGGGCAUUGAAAGGAACUCCAGAACAGAAACAGCACUCAGCCCAACAUGUAAGUGGAAGCAGAAGGAGGUCAAGAACACCCAAGAGGAAGGCUGAACACAUAGAAGACCUGAUGGGCUUAAAAGACCUCUUCCAAACACCCAAUCAUAUAGUAGAACCAGUGACUGAGGACAAAACCAAGAAAACAUCCAGCAAAGCUCCAAAAUUAGAACCAGUCAGCACACCGAGCAAGAUAAAUGUAUGGAUCAAGACACCUUCCCAGAGUGUGAGUACAGAAGUUAUCUCUGUACUCAGGAAGUCCACACAAACUCCAGGGGAUACCAAGCACACACACAAAGAACAAAUAGAUGGUCUUGAAAGCAUGAAAUCAUCAAACAAAUUUCCAGAACAGCAGCAGGACUUAGCAGAGCAUGUAACCAGAAGCCGAAGGAGGUCAAGAACACCCAAGAAAAAGGCCCAACCCAUAGAAGACCUGGCUGGCUUCAAAGAGCUCUUCCAAACCCCAAAUCACACAGAUGAACCGAUGACUGAUGACAAAACCAUGAAAAUACCCAGCAAAUCUCCCAGACCAGAACCAGUCAGCAGACCAACCAGCACAAAGAGACAUCUCAGGACACCGCUGGAGAGAGAGAACUUAGAAGAGUUCUCAGGCCUUCGGAAGCCCACACAAACCUCAGGGAAAAUUACAUGCUCACCCAGAGACCCAGAAGGUGAUGCUGAAGAUAUCAGGGCAUUGAAGGGAACUCCAGAACAGAAACAGGACUCAGCCCAACAUGUAAGUGGAAGCAGAAGGAGGUCAAGAACACCCAUGAGGACGGCUGAACCCACAGAAGACCUGACUGGCUUGAAAGAGCUCUUCCAAACACCGAAUCAUGUUGUGGAAACAGUGACUAAUGACAAAACUACCAAGGUACCCAGCAAAUCUCCAAAACCAGAACCAGUCAGCACACUGACCGGCACAAAGAGACGUCUCAGGACACCUCUGGGGAAAAUGGAUGUGGACGAAGAGCUCUCCACCCUUGGAGAGUUUACACCAACUCCAGGGGAAACCACACACUCUUCUGGAGAACCAGUAGGUGAUGAUGAAGAUAUCAGGGCAUUGAAGGGAACUCCAGACCAGAAACAGGGCUCAGCUGAACAUGUAACUGGAAGCAGAAGGAGGUCAAGAACACCCAAGAGGAAGGUUGAACCCACAGAAGACCUGACCGGCUUCAAAGAGCUCUUCCAAACACCCAAUAAUACAGUAGAACCCAUGACUGAGGACAAAAUCAUAAAAACACCCAGCAAAUCUCCCAAACCAGAACCAGUCAGCACAAAGAGAUGUCUCAGGACAACUCUGGGGAAAGUAGAAUUAGAAGAAGAGUUUUCAGGCCCUAGGACUCUCACUCAAACAUCAGGAGAAACCGUACACUCUCCUGAACCAGAAGAUGAUGAUGAAGAUAUCAGGGCAUUGAAGGGAACUCCAGAACAGAAAUGGCACUCAGCUGAACAUGUAAGUGGAAGCAGAAGGAGGUCAAGAACAACCACAAGGAAGGUUGAACCCACAGAAGACCUGAUUGGCUUCAAAGAGCUCUUCCAAACACCCAAUCGUGUCAUGGAAACAGUGACUAAUGACAAAACUACCAAGGUACCCAGCAGAUCUCUCAAACCAGAACCAGUCAGCACACCAACCAGCACAAAGAGACGUCUCAGGACACCUCUGGGGAAAACGGAUCUGGAGGAAGAGCUCCCGGCCCUCAGGGAGUUUAUACCAACACCAGGGGAAACCACGCAUUCUCCUGGUGAACCAGUAGUUGAUGAUGAAGAUAUCAGGGCAUUGAAGGGGACUCCAGAACAGAAACAGGGCUCAGCCGAACAUGUAAGUGGAAGCAGAAGGAGGUCAAGAACAGCCAAGAAGAAAGUCCAACCCACAGAAGACCUGGCUGGCUUCAAACAGCUCUUCCAAACUCCAAAUCACACAGAUGAACCAAUGACUGAGGACAAAACCAUGAAAAUACCCAGCAAAUCUCCCAAACGAGAAUCAGUCAGCACACCAACUAGCACAAAGAGACAUCUCAGGACACCUCUGGGGAAAGUGGAUUUAGAUGAAGAGUUUUCAGGCUCUAGGAAGCCCACACAAGCAUCAGGGGAAACAACACAUUCUCCUGGAGACUCAGAAGGUGACGAUGAAGAUAUCAGGGCAUUGAAAGGAACUCCAGAACAGAAACAGCACUCAGCCCAACAUGUAAGUGGAAGCAGAAGGAGGUCAAGAACAGCCAAGAGGAAGGUUGAACCCACAGAAGACCUGACUGGCUUGAAAGAGCUCUUCCAAACACCGAAUCAUGUUGUGGAAACAGUGACUAAUGACAAAACUACCAAGGUACCCAGCAAAUCUCCAAAACCAGAACCAGUCAGCACACUGACCAGCACAAAGAGACGUCUCAGGACACCUCUGGGAAAAACAGACGUGGAGGGAGAGCUCUUGACCCUAAGGGAAUCUACACCAACACCAGGGGAAACCAUAUACUCUCUUGGAGAACCAGAAGAUGAUGCUGAAGAUACCAGGGCAUUGAAGGGGACUCCAGAACAGAAAUUGGACUCAGCUGAACAUGUAACUAGAAGAGGAAGGAGGUCAACACCCAAGAGGAAGGUUGAACCCACAGAAGACCUGACGGGCUUCAAAGAGCUCUUCCAAACACCCAGUCAUAUAGUAGAACCGGUGACUGAAAACAAAAUCAUGAAAAUACCCAGCAAAUCUCCCAAACCAGAACCAGUAAGCACACUGACCAACACAAAGAGACGUCUCAGGACACCUCUGGGGAAAAUGGAUGUGGACGAAGAGCUCUCGACCCUUGGAGAGUCUACCCCAAUACCAGGGGAAACCAUACACUCUCCUGGAGAACCAGAAGGUGAUGAUGAAGCUAUCAGGGCACUGAAGGGGACUCCAGAACAGAAACAGGACUCAGCCCAACAUGUAAGUGGAAGCGGAAGGAGGUCAAAAACAGCCAAAAGAGUGAAUCAACCCAUAGAAGACCUGGUAGGCUUCAAAGAGCUUUUCCAAACACCAAGACACACAGUAGAAUCAAUGAUUGAGGACAAAGCCACCAACAUGCCCUGCAAAUCUGCACAAGCAAAACCAGCUGUCAUGCCAACUGGCAGAAACAGGCGGCUCAAGGCACCACCAGGGAAAGUAGUCAUGAAGGAUGAACUCUCAGUCCUCCAGAGUUCCACACGGAUAUCAAGGAAAAUCACACGAUCUCACAGAGAACCAGAGGGUGGAGAUAAUGAUAUGAAAUUGUUUAAGGAAUCUCCAGAACAGAAACUGCUCCCUGCAGAAAAUGUAACUGCAAGCAAGAGGAGACUGAGAACACGUAAGGAAAAGGCCCAGGUUCUAGCAGACCCAGGCAGCCUUAAAGAGCUCUUGCAAGUACCAAAUCACACAGAGGACCCAGUGGCUGUUGCCACCAGCACUGAAAUGCCCUCUGGAUCCUCACAGGCAGAAGCGGUCAUCAUGCCAGCAAGGACGAGGAGACAGCUCAAGGCACCUCCAGAAAUGGUGGCAGUGCAGGAAGAGUCCUUAGCCCUCAGGAGGCCCAGAGGGACAUCAGGGAAAACCACAAGAUCACACAGAGAACCAGAGGGAGCAGAUAAGGAUACGAAAUUGUUUAAGGAAUCUCCAGAACAGAAACUGCUCCCUGCAGAAAAUGUAACUGCAAGCAAGAGGAGACCGAGGACAUGUAAGGAAAAGGCCCAGGUUCUAGCAGACCCGGGCAGCCUUAAAGAGCUCUUGCAAGUACCAAAUCACACAGAGGACCCAGUGGCUGUUGCCACCAGCACUGAAAUGCCCUCUGGAUCCCCACAGGCAGAAGCGGUCAUCAUGCCAGCAAGGACGAGGAGACAGCUCAAGGUACCUCCAGGGACAGUGGCAGUGCAGGGGAGAGCCACGAGGUUGCACAGAGAGCAUGUAGACGGUGCCAAAGACAUUGAAGUGUGCAAGGGACCUCCAAGGCCGGAGCUAGGCCCUGUGGGAAACGCUGUGGGCAGCGGACGCCUGCUAAGAUCAAGGAAGGGAAAGGCCCAGCCCCCGCACAGCCCAGCCAACAGCAAACAGCUCCUCCAAAGCCCAGCUCAAAACAAGGAACUGGGCACAGACACUGCGAGCGUUACGAGACCUUCAACUCAAACACCAGACCAAAGUAAACCUGUAACAACGUCCAGAAGAGCCCUAAGGGCCCUGAACAUGAAGCCCAUAGAAGAGCUGGUAGACAGCAGGGACCCUGUAAAAUCACAAAGUGAGACCAACGCCACCCAGUCCCCUAAGAGGAAGCGUGAAGAUGGGAGCUGUGCAGGCCUGGGGAGGCUGCGCCCCAGGACUCGCACCCAGGACACUGCAGAGGGGCAGCCACCACGGAAGAGGCAGCGGACAACUCCCAGAGAGCAGUGCACGCCCCUGGAGCCCUCUGAGCCAAAGAAGGGGCGGAGAGUUUUGAGAGACGGCAUUGAACCUGUGGAUGACCUGCCCAGCGCCAACAGGAAAACAAAAAAUAAGGGCCGAAAAGAAGACGCGACCUCCCCAAACAAGGGAGUGUCCCUGUGCUCUAGUCUCCCAAAUAAAACCAAGGCAGCAGGGCAAAGGCAUGAGCUUAUAUCACCAGGAAAGGUUCAAAGAAAGCGGAAUGAAAAGAAGCCUGUGAAAUCCUCCCCAGAGGUGGAGAUUCAAAACCUGGAAGGUGGAGCCCAGAAUUCUGCUCCUGGGGUCAAAGUGCAUGAGAGGAGAACACCCCCGAGACCUGGAAGACGGGGUAAGGUGCCUGCGCCCUGUGGAGCCGAGGAGAAAGCACUGGCGAGCAGCGUGGAGACCCACAGGAAGGCUCGGGGGGAGAAAGGAGGAGCCCCACGUUCAGGUUUCAUAUGCUUGCGAUCCAGAAAGGUGACAGUCCCUCCUACAGGGGACACUUCAGAGAGUCAGUCCGAACAGAGAGUGAUGCGGAGUGCCAAGCGACCUGUGGAAGAUGCAGGCAAGGCAAGUGGCUUACUGUUUGCUUUCCAUAGUAAGCAGGGAAUGUUUCCAGGUGCUUUUGCUCCGUGUUGCAGAAGCAGACGAAACACACUGCACACGGUACCAGGCUCCCAGUUAGGCAGCGGAGUGUCUGCACACGCGUUUGUGUUUGUAGCUGCACCUGGUGACAUGUGUCCGGGGUUCCCACUGCAGCAGCAAACUCGUUAUGGAGGCGCCGGUCAGGAACCACUGGGACGUUAGGCAGCGGCGCUUCUAGCUGCUCAUUCCGGUCCCACCCGGUGCUCACGUCCCAGGCAGAGGCCUGCGGCCUCCUGCCAGUUCGGCUGAGGUGACUGAGGCUGUGGGUGGGCCGCUCGGGUCUUCCAGGGGUCCCUUCAGAAAGCCAGGGUGAAGCCCAGUGGGCUGUGCCGCGGAGGUGCCUCUGCUCUUCGAGUCCCAGGUCAGUCGGAAGUGCUGCGUCCUGUCACCCUCCCGAGUCAGAUGCCAUCUAAGUUAAAGGACAGUCAGUGCUGCUAAGGUCAUGUCACAUUCAGCAGCUCAUGGGCUACCUGUCAUUUGAGUGAGUCCACAGGGCCCGGUGCAGUUCCGUCAGUGUUCCUCUCGGGAGCACUCGGCUGGGUGUUUUAAAGAAAAGAGUCACAGAGGGUCCCUGUCUGUGUGUGGGACACGCUUGCUUCCCAGGGCGCAGGUAGAGAUACUGUGACCCCCGUGGUGAGCAGACCGCAGGACACAGCCCUGUGGUGGGCUGCCAGCCACUGAGGCCCUGCUGAGGCCCACCCACGUCCAGGGUGGCUUUGAAGUCCUGCCCCGCUAGAGUCAUAGGGACUGGGGCAGAGCCACGGGCCAGCGAAGACGGGCGUGUGUCCACCCGCUGCCCGCCCUUCCCCGCCCUUCCCUGCCGUCUCUAACAUGGCCCCCACUUCACAGUCGGGGGCAGCACACGGCUCCAUCUGGCCUGAGAGCUCACUCAGGUGCCGGGCAUUUGGGCCCCUGCAGUUGGGGCUCAGGCGUUCCCUGUCACUCGCACCCCCCUAGGGUUUUUCAUUGUUGCCUUGUGUUUUUCUGACCCUGCCCCACCCCCGCCUUAAGGAUCACUUGCUGGAGUUCUUGGUGGGAAGUGCUCUCCCACCUCACGAUGCGCUCUUCCCGACCACAGGCGUGGGGUUGGGGCUGUGAGGUGGGGGCUCGGACGCCUGGCCGCUCGCCUGGAAGCGGGGCAGGGACACCCGGGCGCCACUCUGAAAAGGCGUCAUCUUCGUGUUAGAUAUUAGGGUGGACCUCCCUCUCCUAACCGUUCACACGGCAGGUGGCCGGGGUCACACCCCCACAGUGCUGAGCUGAGUGACCGUCCCCUUCACACACAGUGGUGGUGGGUCCUGUACCCAAAAGGUGUCAUCCUGGCGCACAUUUGAUUUUACUUUCCUGAGCGGUAUUUUUUAACUAGUAAAGCUCUGUGUAUUUGUGUGGAAAUUCUUUUAGUUAUGUAUUAACUUAAAAACAGGUCACAAAUGUUUUACUAAAGGACCACACAUAUUUAAGUUUAUAAAGCCAAAUAAUCAAAACAGUUUAAGGACCAACCGUAAUGUUCUCAGGCAGCCUCCCCCGUGGCUGGGGGGGGGGGGAGGAUCAGAGUUGGCUGCAAAGAUCGUCGUUGUAAAUGACUUGAGUUGUAUUUUUAUUCCCAAACAGGAGAAUGACAACAAGUGUGUCAAGAAAAUGAGAACCAGGAGUCGUCGGGGACAGUGAAGACAUUCAGCUGAGAUGUGUGUUUAAGGGAAGAAAGCUUUUAAAAAUUUCUGGCUCUGCAAGGUCUGUUCGGGCCCGUGGAGGGUAUGAAGGAGCUGCUCACUGCGCUGAAAUGACAAAAACUGAAGACGGCGGGCCCUGGAGUGGAUUCUGCAGUCCGCUGCCUGCCUGGGCUCUAGCACUUGCAUUGUAAAUGCUUCUGUGUUUGCCUGUGUCCCCAUCAGAACCCGGAAGGUGGGGCCCUGCCCUCAGGUCCCCACACUGGGAGCGGGUCAAGGAUAGGCUCUCGGUGACUCGAGAUGAUGCGCCUGCCAUGGCGGACAUGCGUGGCCCUUGCUCCGGGGCUGUUGGGUAUCUGCCCAGGACAGUCUCAUUGUCGGGGACUUCCGUCUAAGGGACUACAAGUGACUUGGACGAUGGCUUGUGACCCCCUCUUCGGGGUACAGGGGUCACUACAGUGGAGGGCUUGCCUUGUUCACUUGAUGAGUAUUCGCCUAAACUCGGAGUGCUGUCCUCUGAGAAGGGCCCCACCCACCUGCCAGGGCGCUGCUGGCUUCCAAGCUGCAGCUACACCCCUCUUGGCUUCCCUGCUUUGGCGUCAUUCACCUUUUCCGAGCAUCUCCUGGCCCCGGCCCACCUGUGCUUUUCCAACUGCACCUGUCUACUCGGUGCCCCGUACCUGCCAUGUGCAGGAAGUGACACAGCCACCCGAACACAGGGCCUUUCUCAGCGUGGGGCACGAGGUCCCGCCCCCGCCAGCCCGCACCUCUUAGCCCCAUUUUAAGCCCACACUUCUUUCUUGUCUCAGGCCUGAUGCACAUCUAACUGUUGGGUGUCUCCCUUUUUAUGUUCCACUGUGUCCUGUCCCUCUGUGUCCCCUCAGUCAGAAAACAGCACACCUUCCUUCCAUCCAGUCACCCGUCCGGACCCUCCCCAUUCACCUGCCUUGCCCGGCUACGGUGAACAUGAAGACUGAGAAGGCGGCUGUCCCUUGUCUGUCCUCGUCCCGUGUCUGUUGCACUGGGCCAGGCUCACACGAAAAUAAAACAUUUGUGAAGGA